AUGGAGAAUCUGUUUCUGUCUCUGUUAAUUCUAUUGGUGUCGUUUCCUUGUGUAGCUGUGUUGAUUCUAUUCUACCGGCACCGGGCACAGUUCGCGUACCCGAACACGCCGCCGGGCAGCAUCGGGUACCCGAUAAUCGGGGAGACUCUGGAAAUGGUGGCCCACGAGCAGAAGGGGCAGCCGGAGAAUUUCAUAUUCGGGCGCGUCGCGAGGCACAAGACGGAGGUGUUCACGACGUCGGUGCUGGGGGAGCCGACGGCGGCGUUCUGCACGGCGGCCGGGAACAAGCUGCUGUUCUCGAACGAGCAGAAGCUGGUGACGCCGUGGUGGCCGGAAUCCGCCAACAAAGUUUUCCCAUCCACCAUUAAGAUCAACACCAACGACGAAGCCAAGAGAACCAAGAGCCUGCUCCCGCAGUUCAUCAAACCCGAAGCGCUUCAGCGCUAUGUUGGAGUCAUGGACACCAUUGCCCACAAUCACUUCGCUUCCAGUUGGGAAAAUAAAAACGAAAUCGUCGUUGCUUCCACCGUUAAAGAGUACGCCCUUCAAAAUCUGUAA